UUGCCGACACUUUGGCGUUCAUGGCGGCAACGGCGGGCGGCGCAGCGGAAUUCGGCUGUCUCUCCUCCAUGGCGACGGCGAACGAUGACGACUGCACAAGCUUAGGAGGUUUAUGCCUCGACAAGGCGGGGACGACGGUGGUCGACGGGCACGCUGCGGCGGCGGAGGGGGAGAAGGAGCGCAAGAACACGUGCUCGAAGAGGCGGCGUGCGCGGCGGCGGAAAGCCAACCGCUGCGAGCAAGGCGCCGCCGGUUACGGGGACGACGAGUGGGAAGAUCUUGUAACUCUCUUCUUCGACAAGCCAGAAACGGUGGCCGAGCGCGGGAGGCGGAUGCAGAGAGAACAGCAGGCGGCGCACAACUGGAAGCUGUGCAGAGCCCGCGAGGCCGCCAUGGAUCGGAUCCGCGAGUACGAUCCCAAGAUUGGGCGCAACUACUACUCCCGAGUUGAAUACGUCGACGACAUGGCCACAUUCAACCACGACGAGGAGUCGCCACUUGGUCCAAUGAGAGACACUGAGGCAUUGAUCUAUGCACAUGGCAUAGCUUCAGAUGGUGAGAAGAAGUUCAUUGCCAGUGACUCUGCAAAUCUCGGCAAACAUCUUCUCUGUAAAGAUAGUCUCCUCUGAUGUUGGCUUUCCGAUCGAAGUCUAUGGCACCGUGAUUGCCAGAGACAACAUCGAUCUCAAGUGUGUUUAUCUCUUCCGCCGAGAUAAAGAUCAUUGGCAACUCAUCUUGUCCAAGGUAAAUCAGAUGCUCGUCUAUGCAUAUUGUGGGGGCUAACUUAAGAUUAUAUGACCUUGGGUGUCAACUAAGUUUUUGGUUGUUGUUGUUGUUGUUGUGACUUGUGACCUGUGACCAAAGCACAUACUGAGCUGUACUCAAAUGUCUAUUGAUCAGUAAUGUAGCUGUGGUUAUCAGUAAA